AUUUCAGUCUUUCACAGGAUCCCGACCAGAGCAGUUUAGAAAGAGGAAAAGCUCCAAAGCUCACCGGAAAAGCUCUCUGCUAGCUUUUGCUGGAGGGUCUCUCCCCAACCCCCUUACAUAAUGGGUGCCAAGUGAAAAAGGACAGUUUUGUGGCUUGAAACGUUGGAAACUGGGACUUUUCGGGAGAUUUUAGUAGUUCAACUGAGUACUGAAUUAGUUUUUGGUGAAAUCUGGUUAUAAAAGUUAAGUUUUUAGAAGAAAAUUUGCACUUUCUUGGAGCAGGGCGUCACACCAUGACAAAGUAGUGGCAGUUUUAUUUCACCACACAGUAACUAUGCAAUAAACCGGACGUUCAACGAGCAUAAACUACCACCCACCAGCGAACCAACAGGGAAAACAAUUAAGGCUAACAAAGAACCCAUCUCCUGAAGUAAAAAGGAGAGCGAAAUAACGAAAACUGCUUACACCCCCGCCUAGAACACACACACUCACAGUCACACCCACAUCAAAUCCAAGGAGAUAAAUCAAUCAGCAGUUUCGUAAGAAAACCCCAAACUAGAAAGAGACAGCAAAGGAUGUCGAGUCGACGUGCUGCCGGCGGUACAGAUCGACCUAGUUACCGCGACUGCUGAGUUCGAGGAACCAUCAAGGAGCUCAUCCCGGGACGACUGCUGUGGCGCCGCCCCCUUGAUUGGACCAAUUGACUUGACUCGAAACAACAACAACUCCCACUAAGCAGAAUGGCCGAACAGCAGCAGCGGGACUCGUUAUGUCCACGGUUGAUCGACUAUCUGGCCAUCGUGGGCGCCCGGGCUGCCGUGGUCAGCCGACCGCCGGCCAAUGUGGCAGCAGGGGGAGGGGCCGGCGGUGGCCCGUCGGGAGGGUUGCAACCGGCCGGGCCGAACUCGCCGCCGCCGGUGCAGAUCCCCGAACUGCUCCGCCGCUACCCCCCGACGGACCACGCCGACUUCCCGCUUCCGCUGGACAUGGUGUACUUCUGCCAGCCGGAGGGUUGCGUCAGCGUGGGACCGCGCCGCACCGGGUCGGCCGUCCGGGACGCAACCUCGUUCGUAUUCGCCCUCACCGACAAGGACUCGGGCAAGACGCGGUACGGCAUUUGCGUAAACUUUUACCGCCCCGUGGAGAAGUACGUGGCGGGGGUUGGAGGUGGAGGCGGGCAGAGCUCGGCGAACGCCCGGAAGGGACGCAACUCGACGUUCCGACGGGAGAGCUGGCGCAAGAGCAUGGAGAAGAGCUCGGAUUCGGCGUUUUCGAGUGACUACAGAAGUAACGUGGCCCCGAGUGAUUCGUCGGACCGGGACUGUCCAAGUCGGAGGGAUUCGGAUCCGCCGAAUUCGUCGUACUAUGGAGGUCCACAGCAGCAGGUUCGACUGGGCGUUACGGGUCCCUCGGCGGACUCGGAGUCCGGUGGAAGUCAUUCGCCGUCUCCGCGAGCAUCCCGCAAGCGGUCCAAGAUCCGGAGUCAUUCGCUGACGUCGCUGUGCAUUCUGUCGCAUCAUCCUUUUUUGUCGACGUUUCGGGAGUGUUUGUUCAUCCUGAAGAAGCUGAUCGAUGCGUGCAACGAUUCUUCCAGUCCGAAGCGGGUUGGUGCCUCGCGGCAGAGCAGUCGUGACAGCGUGUGGAACGUGCUGACCAGUCAGGUGACCGAAUCAACGCCCUCCCUCGUGCUGCACGAUGUCAAGGCGAUUGAGACGUGGAUUCUGAGGUUGCUGUCGUCACCGGUUCCGAUUCCGGGCUCUACCCGGGUCGAGGUUGAGGCCCUCUCGCCGUUGAUCCAUCAACCGCUGGUGUUUGCCCUGCCGGAUCAUACACGCUUCUCGUUGGUAGACUUCCCGUUGCAUCUUCCGCUGGAACUGCUGGGCGUCGAGACGUGCCUCAAGGUGCUGACGCUGAUCCUGCUGGAGUACAAGAUCAUCAUCCAGUCGCGGGACUACAACGCACUCUCCAUGUCCGUCAUGGCGCUGGUGUACUUGAUCUACCCGCUGGAGUACAUGUUCCCGGUGAUUCCGAUGCUGCCGACCUGCAUGGCAAGCGCCGAACAGUUACUCUUGGCGCCGACGCCAUACAUCAUUGGUCUACCGGCGACGUUUUUGAUGUAUAAGAAGAAUUUCAGACUUCCAGACGACAUUUGGCUCGUCGAUCUAGACUCCAACCGGCUAACGCCAACAUCGGGCGAACCCGAACAGAUUCCUCCGCUGCCGGAGCCCGAAGGGACCAUACUCAAGAACCACUUGAAGCAGGCAAUGCAGCUAAUCGAUCAGGCAGGAGUUGGUGCUCUGAGUUCCAUGACAUCAAGCAAUCAACAAACUCCGGGACCACUGCUCAGCAACGUGUCCCAACCGGGGUCGAACCGCGAGAGCUUCAGCGGACCAAACAUUACGCCUCAAAACUUUGCCCAGCCUUUACAAGUGCCCGGAUCAGGAAGCAAUAGCCAGCGGAGUUCGUUCUCGGGUGUGGCCGGCGGCGGCAGUACUAGGCAACCCUCGCCGGUGGGUCCUCCCCCGCCAAACCCGUUCCUGUACGGCUCGGACGUGGACUCGGUGGACGUGGCGACGCGGGUCGCCAUGGUGCGGUUCUUCAACUCGCAGAACACGCUGGCCAACUUUACCGAGCACACGCGCACGCUGCGGCUGUACCCGCGGCCGGUGGUGGCCUUCCAGAUCAACAGCUUUCUGCGGUCGCGACCGAGGGCGUCGGCGUUCCUCAACCGGUUCGCGCGAACCCAGGCCGUCGAGUGGUUGGCGGAGUGGUCGCUUACGCCGACCAAUGUGGCGUUUUUGCGGGUUCAGACGGGCGUGCUGGAUCCGUCCCAGGUCGGGGAUAAGCCGAAGUGGUACGCGCACACGCUGACCCCGAUCAAGUUCCCGGUUUGGGACGACAACAGCUCGUUGAAUGUCGCGCUCAAGGGGAUGAAGCAGCUGGAGACGCAACCGACGGAUGAGAGUGGGUCGGAUUCGGAGGGGGCGGAGAGCACGAGUUCGUCGUACUCUUCGCUGAGUGACUUUGUGUCCGAGAUGGCUUCCUCUGAUUUGUCACCGAGCCUGCACGAUGUGUACGGCAACCAACACCACGUGCACAUUGCACCGAAAACCAUGUCUUCCAAUCUCGAUCCAAAGCUGGUGUAUCGACCGCCGAGUUCGCUGCGCUAUCCCGACGGUAUGAAACCACCUAAAGCUGAGGCAGCGGAUGACGCUGAGCGGCCCGAUUCGCCGGCGUCGACCUCAUCCAGCCGCUCGGAUUUGAGCAGUCCCAGCUUCAACCGGGACUCCGAGUUUGAGUUCAACCCGAAGGCUCGUGCCGAGGCUCAGAUCGUCGUCAAACCUGCGAAGGAGCAGGGAAGCUUCGAAAACGAGUCCGACUCCAACUCAACGACCACUCCGAAGACCAUAAUGUCCAAGGAGAGCGCAGGCUCGUUGGAUGCGGACGGCGGUCGACGAACGCGCAUGGGGAAGAUUCCACCGCCGUUGUCACCCAACUUGGCUCGCCAGCAAAGCGGAAGCAAUAUCUUGGCAAGAACCUCCAGCUCGGGAUCAACCGGGUCCAGCGGACAUCCUCCGUCGCUGGGAUCGGCGGGAUCUCAACGGCAGAGCUCCCAAGGAUCACUGUUCGAGGUGCUAACCUCGCAAGCGAAGGAACUCGUCCGCGAGACCACUCGUCAAAGCAGCCAGGACGGACUGUUGGCGCAUGUCGAUAAGUUGAAAGAGCAAGCCAAGGAGCUGAAAGAGCAUGCCGAAGAAGAGAUAAAGAUACUUGCUCCGCUAGAACAGCUAACCCUGCAGGCGAAGAAAGCGGCGGAGGAAGCCUCCAAACAAGCGCUGGAGGCGUCCAAACAGGCUGCCGGAGUCAGCAAGAAUACCCUGGAUGAUCUUACGUACGUAGGCAAGUCAACCUUGGGUGACCUGACCAAGACCGCGAAAGAGGCGGCCGCCAAAAAGGGACUGCUACAGCAGGGCAGCCAGCAGAACCUGCAAAACCCACAAAUCCCCUCCCCGUCAGGGAGUGGCGGAAGCGGUGGAAGCGCCAUAGCGACCACCAACCAGUCCCUAUUCUCCUCAAUCACCAGCGACUUCAACGGAAUCGCUCAGUCUACGUCAAGCAUGUUCUCGGACUUGUUUGGCAACAAGCAGAGCAAGCCGUCAGGUCAGCAGACCCGCUCGGCCGCCGGCAAUCUGCAGCCCAGCCAGACCCAGUCGGCGCAGAACAAGCUCAAGGACAAGCUGUCCUUUGAUCCGUUCCACGGGCGCAAGGGUCUGGUGGAGCGCACGCCCCUGAUAAAGCACUCGGGCCCGAAGCAAACGCAGGAGGAGAUCCAGCGGUUGCAAAACGCCGAGCGCUCGUCAAGCAACUCCGAGAACCAGACGUUUUUGAAGGAUCUGGUGCAGCAGGUCCUCGCGGGCGAGGGCGUAGGUUGGCUCAAGCUGAAUCGGUUGAAGAAGCUGAUGGAGGAUGAGUCGUACCGGAUGCUGGUGCUCGGCAAGCUGAACAAAACGCUGGAGCGCAAGAUCGGACCGGACGACCACAUCGACGACGUGUGCAUCUCCAAGCCGGUGUACAAGGGCGCGCUCAAGUGCCUGCUCGCGAUCACCCACGGGCUGGAGCACACGGUCUCCAACUUUGGGCUCGGCGGCAUGGCGUCCGUGUUCCAGAUGAUGGAGAUUGCCCACACGCACUACUGGAGCAAGGAUCUGACGGACAACACGACGGAUCUGUCGGCGAGUCUGCUGUCCAGUCGGUCGGUCAGCCCGAUGGGCAGCCGGGAGAACCUGCGGUCUCCGCAGAGCCCGUCCGAACCGGCCGACUGGAGCUCGGUGGUUGGCUCGCGCAAGAACUCCUCGUCCGUGCUGCACGAGCCGGUGAUCUCGCGGCGGGCGUCGGAGCGCGAGGACGAGAACCAGUCCACGACGGAGAUGUUCAAGGACAUGCUCACCCAGAAGCGGAACAUGCUGCUGAGCAAGCUGACCUCGUUCGAAUCGGAGCCCGGCGUUCACGGCUCGUCCGGCACGCUGUCCGUGGCCAGUGAUGUGCUACCGCAGCAGCAUACCGGCGGCCCGUUGAUACCGUCGAUCUCCUGCCGGUCGACCGUCUCCGACACGGAGUACGAAAAACAUCCAAAGGGAUCUUCAACGCUGAAGGACGCCAAAAAGAUGGCCGGCGGUCUGUUCACCGGCAAGUCGUCGCUCAGCGCCGGCUUCCGGUACACCGGUGGCAGCUUGAUCCCCACGUCGAACUCCCCGUCACCGGACGCCCCUCGGGUGUACCUGUUUGAGGGUCUGCUGGGACGCGAGCGCUCCAACGUGUGGGACCAGAUGCAGUUCUGGGAGGAUGCCUUCCUCGAUGCCGUCAGCCAAGAACGGGACAUGAUCGGGAUGGACCAAGGGCCCGGGGAAAUGAUGGAACGGUACAAGUCGCUGUCGGACUCGGAGCGGAAGCGGCUCGAGCACGACGAAGAUCGGCUGCUGUCGACGAUGCUCUACAAUCUGACCGCGACCUUGGUUAUGCUGAACUGCAACAAGCUGGAGAUCAAGCGGAAGAUCCGGCGGCUGCUCGGCAAGAGCCACAUCGGCUUUAUCUACUCGCAGGAGGUCAACCUGCUGCUGGAUCAAGUGAACAAUCUGCACGGUAACGACAUCGACCUGAAGCCGCUCGGGUCGCGGCUUCUGCACCGGCAGAGCUUCACCGUGCACCAUGGCGUCGACGCCACCGGGCCGUUGCGCUUCAUGGAGGUCCGCGACGACGGGCUGGUGCUGCGCUCCGUCAACGGAACCAUCGUCGAGCGGUGGUGGUUCGAGCGGUUGGUCAACAUGACCUACUCGCCCAAGACGCGCGUCCUCUGUCUGUGGCGACGCAACGGAGGUCAAACGCAGCUGCAUAAAUACUACACCCGGAAGUGUAAGGAGCUGUACACGGCAAUCAAGGAGGCCAUGGAGCGCGGCGGUUGUACCGGGCAGGGACCGGAGCUGGGGGGUGAGUUUCCGGUGCAAGAUCUGAACACUGGCGAGGGAGGGCUGAUGCAGAUCUGUCUGGAAGGAGUUGGACUACUGUUUGCCAACAGCAAGUUCUUCAUACGACUGGAGCACAUUCGGAAGUGUUUCACCCAGAAGGGAGGCGUCUUCAUACUGGAGGAGUACAACCCCAAAACUCGCCAGCUAAUCCAGCGGAAGUUCAUGUCAAAUCUGGCCGAUGACAUUUGCUACUCGGUGCUGUGCGUCUUCUCGUACGUGGCCGCCGGGCAAGAGUGGCACAAGAAGUACCCCGCAAUCUCGAUAGCCGGCCCGACUGGUCAGGGGGCGCAACAGGUUGCCAUCACCACCACUACGGCCACCAUCACUCAGCAGCAACCUCAUGCAAUCCAGCAGCAGCACCCUCCGGCGGCCAAACUGGCUACGCAACCGGUCCAGCCGCCCCCGACGACGACGACAACCACGACGAUGACAUCAAACGCCCAGAAAGUGCAACAAACGCACCUUCCCCAACAGCCGACCCCCAAAUUGCAGACCGUCAUCGGCAAACCGGUCCCCCAGCAGCCCCCGACCAUCGCUGGCAACCCUGCCGCUGCUCAAACGUCAAAACAGCCUCCUUCCCUGCCGGCGCGACCUCUCUCGUCCGGAUCCUCAAUCACUUCGUCCACGCCGAGCAGCAACUCGUCUUCCUCGUCCUCCUCCUCCUCCUCCUCGUCGGAACCGCCCAAAAUAAAGGCACCAGUGUUGCCAUCCGCCACCCCGGGACGCCUCCCGCAGCAGCAGUCGCUGCCCAACCGGGGUCCCCCGCCGGCCAUUCCACCCCGCGUCGGUCUCGGCCAGCGGUCCGGCUCGGUGCAGAUUCCUUCCAGCUCGAUGAGCCGACAGCUCAAACGUCAACAAUCGGCGGCGUCCCCGCCCAACCAAUCGUCACCCCCCUCGGCAGCGGCCACCUACCUGCAGCAGCGGCAAAACUCCAAGGGGUCCAUCAACAUGUUCCGGAAGCCCUAAGGAGCGUUCGCAAGCUGCGCUUGUUUUGGAAUUGUUUGGAAACGUCAAACGUCGCCAUCUUGAAGAAAAUGGCCGACACGCGUGGCAGUGAUGCCAACUACAACGAAAUUUGGCGAACAUUUUGGAAAUUUGGAAAUCAAUCGAAAUCUGUGUAUCAAUGUGAACGUUAGCUUUCGGCUGUAAAUAACACACACUUUAGCAUAUCCAUCUUCUGUAUCAAAUAUCGCUGGACGGUGUUACCAGAAAUAAAUAAAAACGCAAAGAAUCUGUUUCAACCAAACUACAAAACUGUAGAUAGAAAAACUAAGCAAAUCAAGCACAUGUAAAGUACUGAUGACACACACUCACAAACACACCUACCAAUAGUAUUUGGAUAGUACGAAGAUCAAGCUGUUACUAAAUAAAUCAAUAUUGAUGUUAUGCCGUUUUGCACAUUUAUUUCCAAUUUCCCCACAAUCCAAACCUCAGACCAAAGAACGUAACGUACUUUUGUGUUCGCUGUUGCCGACCGGUAUCCGUGUGUACCUAUUAUAAGUAGCAAACUAGACCAGUUUAAAACAAAAAGUAAGGUUUAGUAGACUCCAGGAAAGAUGCUUUAAUGAUAGAAACUAUAUUUUCUAAACACACACCCACACGCACGGCGAUGCUGUUUUUGUAGAGUCUUCAGUGUUGAAUCACUUUAAGUUUAUUAGACUGUGAAAAGAACGAAGGCUAGGCUUUUUUGGAAAGGGU